GACGUGGGGAUGGGAAACCGUCCGGAAAUGGACUAGCAACCCCGGCAUCCGAGGAUGUCGUCCUCGAGUUCCUCGAGAUGGAACCGCACGCUCUCUUGAUCAAAAACGUCCGACUGGCUCACCAUUCAGCCAGCUCGCCGGAUCUCUUCAAUGUGCUCUGCGUCGGGGGUGUGGUUCACAACGUAUCGCUACAGGCUGCUGCGGACCCUGGCCAAGGACACGCGGGGGAGGCCAAGUCGGGUGCGGACGUGGUAGACGCCGCCGGCGGUAUCCUGCUGCCAUCGUCAGUAUAAUCCCCACCUUAUGUGCGAACGAAUUCAUUCCGUCCUCCAAGAUUGUGUCAUUCCCAUAUCCAUCUUGACAAGUGUUUCCUGCUGGAAAAAUGCGACCCUUUGCGAUGCGGCGACUUCCAAGAAGCCCUCAAGGUUACGGCAAAAGCGAAGGCCCGUUUCCCUUACGACAUUGAGGCUAUCUAUGCUCGUGGGAAGCGACUGAUCGUCGAAUCUGUUCAAUGCGGCGUCACGUCCAUGCGAGCUCAUGUCGAAGUCGAUGAGACCGUCCGCUUCGCCUGCCUCGACGUGGCUGUGAGGCUCAAGCAGGAGUUCAAGCAAGUCUGUGACAUUCACAUCGCCGUGUUCGCGCAAGACCCGCUCUAUUCUCCGGCAGAUGUUCAGAAUACCGAACCGGUGAACUCUACCUUGCUGGCAGAAGCAGCGGCCCGGGACGGCGUCUCCGCCAUAGGCUCAGCACCCUAUGUCGAGACCUCCACGGACCUCGCACGGCGCAACAUCUCGCGGUGCAUCGCUCUCGCACUCGCGCACGGACUCCACCUCGAUUUCCACUUGGACUACAACCUCUCGCAAGAAGCUGACCCGAUGAUAUACGACGUCAUCAGCGAGCUGCGUCUGCGCCCCUGGGACCUGACUAAACGCAUCACCAUUGGGCACGCCACCCGCCUCGCGCUAUUCCGUCACGAUGAAUGGCGAGAGCUUGUCCACGCUAUCGGGAAUUUACCCAUAUCGUUUGUCGGGCUACCGCAGAGCGACCUAUACAUGAUGGGACGCAACGCGGGAGAACGCGGCCCCGGGAUGCUCGCCGUGAGAGGAACGCUCAAUACACCGAGUUUGUCCGGAGAACACAAUCUGCGUAUCGCCAUGUCGGUGAACAACGUUCAGAACGCGUUUACACCACAAGGUUCUGUCGAUCCUCUUGGGCUAUGUCCUCUGGCAAUCGCCGUGUUCCAGGACGGCACCGCGAAGGCCUGCGAGGCGUUGUUGCGGUCUGUCACUAUUGCCUCGAAGCACGCCGUGGGCGAAGCCGACGUUCCCGCAGGCCUCGCGCCUCAAGUAGCCGACCGGGCAGACUUCGUCAUCUUACACGACAAUGAUAGUGUGCAGAGCGCGGCGUUAAGCCCAAGCUACGCCCGUACUACGAUUAAAUCUGGGACUUUGGUCGCACAACGGCGCACUAGCAGCUAUAUCCGAACACAAUGAAGCACAAAUACACAAGCGCUCAUGCGCCCUUUUCCAACAUCUUCCGAGGCGUCACUUCUCUGUCAACGGCGUAACGGAGAUCGCGCCACGUCACCGCACAACCUUCGCAAGAAUAAGCAUCGUGUGCGGAACUUGUCGGCUCUUUCUGCAUCCUACCCGCCCUCAUUCAAUGAUGCCAACAAUACGUGGAUAGGAUUAUUCUCUUUUCGCACAUGGGCAUGCUUCCAGAAACCCGGAGUGUGCACCCGCGCCGGACGUGUAACCGACAAGUUUUGCACGGAGCCGAACCGUGGGCGAUGCUCGCACACUCGCCGUAAUCACGGC